CUCAGCCCCGCCGCAGCGGGGCCGGGCCGGUAGCCCCGCAGGCCGCGCCGCCAUGGCCGCCGCCCGCUGCUGCCGGUUGUUGGUGUCGCUGUUGGUGCUGGCGGCGGCUGGGGGGCCGUGUGUGGCUGCCGGGCCCCACUCCCCGCUGCGGCGGUGGCCUGUGCCCUACAGGCGCUUUGAUUACCGUCCAAAAACCGAUCCUUACUGCCAAGCUCGUUACACCUUCUGUCCCACUGGCUCUGCCAUCCCAGUUAUGAAAGAAGACGAUGUCAUUGAAGUGUAUCGAUUACAGGCUCCAGUGUGGGAAUUCAAAUACGGGGACCUGCUUGGACAUCUGAAAAUUAUGCACGAUGCUGUGGGUUUCAAGAGCUCUCUGACGGGCAAAAACUACACAAUGGAGUGGUAUGAGCUCUUCCAGCUUGGGAACUGCACAUUCCCACACCUCCGGCCUGGCAUAGAUGCACCGUUCUGGUGUAACCAGGGAGCUGCCUGCUUUUAUGAAGGAAUAGAUGAUGCCCACUGGAAGGAAAAUGGAACUUUAGAUCAUGUGACCACGAUAUCAGGAACCAUGUUUAAUGAAAUGGCAAAAUGGGUACAAUAUGACAAUGAGACUGGCAUUUACUACGAGACCUGGACAGUUCAAGCAAGCCCUGACAAAAAUUCUACAGUAUGGUUUGACUCUUACGAGUGCUCUAAGUUUAUCCUGAGAACCUACCAGAAGCUUGCUGACUUGGGCGCUGUGUUUGAGAAGAUACAAACAAACUAUACCAGCAUCAUUUUAUUCAGUGGAGAACCUGUUUAUAUGGGGAACGAAACCUCUAUUUUUGGGCCGCUGGGAAACAAGACACUGGCAGCAGCUAUAAGAGACUUCUACUCCCCAUUCAAGCCUCACCAGACAGUCAGAGGGUUUUUUGUGGAUCUGUUAAAAAUAAUUGAUCGUGUCAUCUUGAACCAUCAGUUUUAUCUCUUCUACAACUUGGAAUAUUGGUUUUUACCUAUGAAGUUCCCUUACCUCAAAAUCAUUUAUGAAGAGGUACCUUUACCUGUUAGAAGCAAAACAUCCGUUGACGUAUAAUUACUUACUGAAAACACCACACUUGCCCUUACGUCAGAAUACCCUGAAGGACUGUGGAAUGGUGCCAUGACAGCCCUCAAGUGUUGCCUGUUUCCCUGCUAACUGUAAGAGCUGUGUUGGGAAGACUUCUGCUUGAACCAGCUCAGCUAAUUCCAUGCAUUGGAGCUACCAAACCUGAGUGCCUGGAGGUGCCCUCAACACGUGCCUUGCAUCUCUUCUCCUCUUGUUUCGUUGGUUUGUACAACUGAGAGCUCUGAACUGUUCUCUGGUUCAUGGAGAAAUUCAGCAGGGUGGGAAUGGGCAGGGAAUCCCUUAGGAGAUGGGUCAGGUGGUAUCUUUUCACCACUUUGCUUCCUUUACCUUUACUGUAAACACAAUACAGAUGGCUCUUCUUAA